GAGGCUCCGGGAGCGCGCAGCGUGGCGAUCGGCGGUGCGCUGUGUCCCUUGGACACAGCGGAUCACCAAUCACGGAAAGAACCGAAGAUAUUGGCUCGGUCAUGUGAUCAUCUGUGUCCAAUCACAGCUGGCCACAUGUACACUGAUCAUGAGGGCACUGAUGAUCAGUGUACCCUGAUGAUCAGUGUAGCCCCAGCAGUGCCACCUGUCAAAGUCCAUCAGUGCCAGCUGUCAGUGCCGAUCAGUGCCUUGUAACAGUGCCUAUCAGUGCCACAUCAAUGCCACAUAUCAGUGCCCAUCUGAGCUGCCUUUCAGUGUCAUCCAUCAUGCCUGUCAGUGCCACCUAUCAGUGCUGCCAAUCAGUGCCACCUAUCAGUGCCAGUCAGUGCCACCUAUCAGUGCCAGUCAGUGCUGCCUAACAGUGCCAGUCAGUG